AUGACUGUUGCCACAAGUGACCCAGCGGACGAGGCCGCAGCUCACCCGGGUCAACCGCUGGACCAGUAUGACCCUGAGCCGGACCAUGAGUGCUGCGAGAGGGUGGUCAUUAACAUCUCCGGUUUACGUUUUGAGACGCAGCUCAAGACUCUCUCUCAGUUUCCUGAGACCCUGCUGGGUGACCCCAAAAAGAGGAUGAGGUACUUCGACCCACUGAGGAACGAAUACUUCUUUGAUCGGAAUCGACCCAGCUUUGACGCCAUCCUGUAUUACUACCAGUCUGGAGGACGGCUUCGUCGACCAGUCAAUGUUACACUAGACAUUUUUUCUGAGGAGAUCCGCUUCUACGAGCUGGGCGAGGAAGCCAUGGAGAUCUUCAGAGAAGAUGAGGGCUUUAUAAAAGAAGAAGAGCGGCCGUUGCCAGAGAAUGAGUUUCAGAGACAGGUGUGGCUCCUUUUUGAAUACCCGGAGAGCUCGGGGCCAGCUCGUAUUAUUGCUAUUAUUUCAGUCAUGGUCAUUCUCAUUUCUAUUGUUAGCUUCUGUUUAGAGACAUUGCCAGUUUUCAGAAAAGAAGUAGAGGAGAUGUAUAAAUUCUACCCAUCAAUGUCAAACACCACAUCCACUUACGACACCUCCACAUAUUUCACAAACCCCUUCUUUAUUGUAGAAACACUCUGUAUUAUUUGGUUUUCAUUUGAGUUUCUGGUGAGGUUCUUUGCUUGUCCCAGCAAAGCUGGAUUUUUUGGAAACAUAAUGAACAUUAUUGACAUUGUUGCAAUUAUUCCUUACUUUAUAACGCUUGGUACAGAGCUGGCAGAGAGGCCAGAGGACAACAAGGAGGCAGGACAACAAGCCAUGUCUUUGGCAAUCCUCCGAGUAAUCCGUCUUGUGCGAGUGUUUCGAAUCUUUAAACUGUCCCGUCACUCCAAAGGGCUGCAGAUCCUUGGGCAGACUCUAAAGGCUUCUAUGCGUGAACUAGGCCUCCUCAUCUUCUUCCUGUUCAUCGGAGUGAUCCUAUUCUCCAGUGCAGUGUACUUUGCAGAGGCAGAUGAGUCACAGUCUCAGUUCAGUAGUAUUCCUGAAGCCUUCUGGUGGGCCGUGGUGUCCAUGACCACAGUGGGCUAUGGAGACAUGGUCCCCACCACCAUUGGAGGGAAAAUCGUGGGCUCUCUUUGUGCCAUUGCUGGUGUGUUGACAAUUGCUCUGCCUGUACCUGUGAUUGUAUCCAACUUCAACUACUUUUAUCACAGAGAGACUGAGGGAGAGGAACAGGCGCAAUACUUGAACAUUCCCAGUGUGCCUAAGGCCAGCUCAGCAGAUGACCUGAAGAAAAGUGGUCGCAGUGGAAGUGGCUCAACUCUCAGUAAGUCAGAUUAUGUGGAGAUCCAGGAGGCAGUGAACCACAGUACUGAGGACUUCAGGCCCGAGAGCAUGAAGACAGGCAACUGCACCCUGACCAACACUAAUUAUGUCAACAUCACAAAGAUGCGCACGGAUGUAUAA